CUGUGUCUGUCCAAAUAUUUUCACAAAUAUUAACACAAAAACCACGUACUUAAUCAUCAAUCUUUCUUAAGGCUGCUGCUGGUUUUGAGUAAUUCUUCACUUUGAAGGUAAACAAAUCAUUUGCUCAGUGUGGAAACUUGAGGUUCUUAGCAGUUAAAGAUUCCUGUUUGUAAGUUGGUUCAUCCUCUUUAGUAUUCUCUAGUCCAUUAAAAAGACCAGGGAAUGCUGAAAGAUGUGCUUAAAUGCUAGGAAGUCUUUCUCUGAGGUUCUUGAGAUUGAAGCUCUAUUUAAACUUUCCUUUUUACUUGAUGAGGUUGCACCUGUAGUUUCAUCCAGAUUCUCUCAUCAAAUGUCAAACCCUGCUAGAUAUUUUCAGGGUCAAAUAGUAUCGUAUCACAAUAUUAGUGAAGAUGGUUGAGUUGUUCAAUCCUUGAUAAAUCUUGCAUCUUGUAUAUAAAUAUUGAGUUUCAUUGGGGGCAAAAUAGUUAGUUUAAUUACUUUGGUUUGCUGAAGUUGAUAUGGAGAGUAAGGGGAGUACUGUACUAAUGGAAAGGUAUGAGUUAGGGAAAUUGUUGGGACAAGGCACUUUUGCUAAGGUCCAUCAUGCAAGAGACCUUAAGACUCGGUUGAAUGUGGCAAUUAAGAUGAUUGAUAAGGAGAAGAUUGUGAAAGUUGGGAUGAUUGAUCAAAUCAAACGCGAAAUUUCGGUCAUGAGAUUGGUUAGACACUCUAAUAUUGUACAGCUCUAUGAGGUCAUGGCCAGCAAAAAGAAGAUCUAUUUUGUGAUGGAAUAUGUGAAAGGAGGAGAGCUAUUUAACAAGGUGGCUAAAGGGAAGUUAAAAGAAGAUGUUGCAAGAAAGUAUUUUCAGCAGUUGAUUAGUGCUAUUGAUUUCUGUCAUAGUAGAGGGGUUUAUCACAGAGAUCUGAAACCAGAGAAUCUAUUGGUUGAUGAAAAUGGAAAUUUAAAGAUUUCAGAUUUUGGAUUGAGUGCCCUUGCAGAAUCUAAGAGACAAGAUGGUUUGCUUCAUACCACAUGUGGGACACCAGCUUAUGUUGCACCAGAAGUGAUAAACAGAAGAGGAUAUGAUGGUGCUAAAGCUGAUAUUUGGUCAUGUGGGGUGAUAUUAUAUGUCCUUUUGGCUGGUUAUCUACCAUUCCAUGAUUCAAAUCUAAUGGAGAUGUACAAAAUGAUUGGUAAGGCUGAGUUCAGAUGUCCUAACUGGUUCCCUCCUGAUGCUCGCAGGCUUAUAUCGAAAAUAUUAGAUCCAAAUCCAAGCACAAGAAUAUCCAUUUCCAAGAUAAUGGAGAAUUCUUGGUUCAAGAAAGGCUUGCAACUGAAACCAAUUAAAGAUAAUGCUGACUCAAUGCUUAAAGAUGCAGAGUCAAAGGAGGCAGCACUUGAAAAUGAUGAUGCUGUUUUUAGUGUUUGUGAGAAUACAGAGCCAAAGCCAGAAAUGGCCAAGCCUGCACACUUGAAUGCAUUUGAUAUUAUCUCAUUGUCAACUGGUUUUGACUUGUCUGGCUUGUUUGAAGAAAGAAACAAAAAGAGGGAAGUCAGAUUUACAUCAAGGCAACCGGCGAAAACAAUCAUCUCAAAGCUAGAGGAUGUAGCUAAGCGUUUAAAGUUGAAGGUGAUGAAAAAAGAUGGAGGGUUAUUGAAGUUAGAAGGAUCUAAAGAAGGAAGAAAAGGAGUGUUAUCUAUCGAUACAGAAAUCUUUGUAGUAACUCCAAAUUUUCACUUUGUUGAGGUGAAGAAAAAUAGUGGAGAUACUAUAGAGUAUAAGAAGAUGAUGAAGAAGGAUAUAAGACCAGCAUUGAAAGAUAUUGUGUGGACUUGGCAAGGUGAUGAGCCACGGACUCAGCAGCCAGAAGAAGAAGAAUAUUUGCAGACUUAUCAAAGGGACUCAUUUGACACUGAUUCACCUCAGAAUGCACUGUAGGGACUACAAUUACGCUGCCAAUGUAAUUAUGUUUUAAAGCUAGAAAAUCAACCCCAUUCUGUAUUUUCUUUAUGUUCUUGAUCCAAGCUCGAGUUUACUUUUACGUUUGAUCUCUGGAGCAAACGGUAUGCAAAGCAAAAAAUCCUGUAAACAGAUUUAACUUGAUUCACGCUAGCAGGGUAAGAAGUUUUUAUAUUAUCAAUGUAUUUGGUAGAUAUAUUGCCUAA